GUCCACUAUUAAGUUCAGGCACAUGCAGUGAAGUCUUCCAGUUUGAAGUCUCACCAUCUUCCAUCAAUCCAAGCAGCAUUAUUCCAGCAACAUCGGUAGUCAACUCUACUGAUAAGCUUCCUCUGGGCAAAAUUAAGAAUAGAAGGAUUAUGUACAGUCGGCCAAUUCCCCUGAACGGAUCCGCUCUUAAUACAACAGAGAGCAACAACACCGUUCAUGGUAGUAAAAACACUAUACCUUCCUCCUCCUCCAUGGUUGUCUCAGUUUUGGCUGACCCGAGAGAGGCUGGCGACGGAGAUAGCGAUGGGGUGAUAAGGCCAAAAUCGAUAUCAAGAAUCUUUGUGGUGGUUCUUUUGGACAGUGUCAAGUAUGUUACUUAUUCCUGCAUGCUCCCGCUGAAAAACCAUGGUCCUCACCUUGUAAAUUGA